UUCUCGGCUCGGCAUGGCCUUCCUGCGUACGGUUUCGCGCUGCAACAGCUUGGUGCCCCGCAAGGUAACCUCCCCAACUGGCAAUGGUUGUUUGUCGUACUCGAAAUCGGAGCAAUUUCUGCGACAGUAUGGUAUUCAUGCGGCCGGCAACCGUGGCCCACUGCCUAGCGCAAUACUAGCGGCACUAAACCACCGGCUGGCUGUCGAAGGACACUCGCUCGAUGGAGCACGACGCUGGCGAUCAACUACGGUGGCGGCUGCAUCGCCCGUGGCAACCGGCGCUCGCCAACGGCAGGAGCAGCAAGACGACAAUCCUUCUACACCGCAACGGGACCCACUGGACGUGAGCUUCAACGAUCCCCAUGCCGCAUUCAAGAGCAAAACUACGUUCGAGUUGAUACGGGCGUACUUUGUGUACGUGCUGUGUUCUUCCGAGUUCCUGGUGGAGAACAACAUGAAGCUGAUGAAAGUUGCGCAAACCAUACUCGGCGAAAAACUCUUUACGCUCCUUAUGAAGUAUACAUUCUAUGGCCAUUUUGUCGCUGGUGAAGAUCAGCUCAAAAUAGUCCCAACACUGGAAAGAUUGCGUUCGUUCGGAGUCAAACCAAUUCUUGACUACUCGGUAGAGGAAGAUCUAUCCCAAGAGGAGGCAGAAAAGCGUGAAGUGGAAGCUUCGGUUUCGUCCGCGGGAACCAACCUAUCGGAAGAUAGUGCUGACUCGCUGCCACAGUACAGCGUAGAUAAAACGUUUGCCGAUCGGCGAUACAAGGUGCAGAGUGCUAGGACUUACUUCUACCUUAAUGAGGCAACCUGCGAACGCAACAUGGAAACGUUCCUCGAAUGUCUUGAUGCAGUCAAAGGUGCAACAUUCGGUACAGGUAUUACUGCUAUUAAACUGACUGCCCUUGGCAGACCACAGCUGCUACUUCAAGUGUCGGAAGUAAUUAUGCAAGCCCGCCGAUACAUGAUGGAUUUGGCCGGUAGUACCGGUAACAUUUUAACGCAUCACAAAACCAUUCAAGAUCUCGAACGUUAUCUCGGCAACGUGGCCGACAAGAAGGAAGUAAAAGAGUUUCUUACCAAGGUGACAUCAGAUAAAGAUGGCAUUCUUCACCUUUUCCCGUGGACCGGUAUCAUCAACGAGGACUGUCAGCUGAGCGAAACGUUCCGCGUGCCGGAUCCGGUAACGGGGCAGAUGCGUCGCUUGAUCUCAAAGAUUCCACCCAAAGAAGAGGAAAUGUUCCGUAACAUGAUUAGACGAUUGAAUACUAUUGUUAAGACUGCUCAAGACCUUGACGUACGUAUAAUGAUUGACGCCGAGCAAACUUACUUCCAACCAGCCAUCUCCCGUAUUACACUCGAAAUGAUGCGAAAGUACAACACCGAAAAGGCCAUCGUGUUUAACACCUAUCAGUGUUAUCUGAAGGACACUUACAAAGAGGUCUGCACGGAUCUGGAGCAAGCCAAGCGUCAGAACUUCUACUUCGGUGCGAAGCUGGUACGCGGAGCGUACAUCGAGCAGGAACGGGCUCGUGCAGCCGCACUCGGUUACGAAGAUCCAACCAAUCCCUCCUUUGAAGCAACAACCGAAAUGUACCACAAAACAUUAACCGAGUGUUUGAGACGCAUUAGGAUUCUCAAGGAUGCAAACGUGGAUCCGAAAAAGAUUGCCAUUAUGGUUGCAUCGCACAACGAAGAUACGGUCCGGUUUGCAAUCAAGAAGAUGGAGGAGAUUGGUAUCCAUCCGGAGGAUAAAGUGAUUUGCUUUGGUCAAUUAUUGGGCAUGUGUGACUACAUCACGUUCCCGCUCGGUCAAGCUGGCUACUCUGCCUACAAAUACAUCCCGUACGGUCCAGUCAACGAAGUCCUGCCAUAUCUGUCGCGACGAGCGCAGGAAAACAAGGGUGUGCUGCAAAAGAUCAAGAAGGAAAAACGUCUGCUGCUGUCCGAGAUUACCAAACGGCUAGCGAAGGGACAACUGUUUUACAAACCGAAGGGCAAAUACGUUCCUAUCUAA